AUUAGCCCCGCGGCCCCUCAGCCUUAGAGCAGCAGUCACUUGUGUUUACGUCCGAGGGUGAGCGGCGGAGGCUGUCGUGGCCAUUACAGGUGUGCCGGGCCCGCAGGUGUGUCCUCAGAAGAAAUUAGUGUGUUGGUGUUCCGUUGACCGACAGUACCUGACAGUGUUAAAAUAAGGACAUUAAAUGAGAAGAAGAAGAAAAAGAGAGGAAGACCUGACUUAGUAGUGUUCAAAGACCGAGUGUUUGCGGCAUUUCUAAAGCAUCUCACACUUCACCAACAGGACAGUGAAGCAAAACACGAAAUCUGGAAAUGAGACAAACGUUGACCAAAUUACUAACUGUCCACUAUGCCUAAGUGACACGAAAGGCAGCAGUAUGAAGGACAGAGAACAUGUGUAGUGUGUAGAUGAACAAGGUGUGUCAGGCGCUGUGUUAAACUAGAAAGAAAAACAGAAAACUUAAAAAGAGGCCACAGUCUGACGAGCCUAGAGCGCUGGACAGGGAUGCGGCCACAGGGCUUGGCGGGUGGCCGAGGGGUGACACUCUUCCUGCCCUGGACACACCCCUCCCCCAGCUGCCCCCAAUGAUGAGCGGGCAGACGCCGGGGAAGCGAAGCGACGGAAACGGAGAGACUUGUUGCCCCUUAAGAGACUUUGUUUACCCGGUGCCCUGAGAUCCCCGGCGGGAGGGACGGUCCGAUGCACAGCGGCCGCCAGUGAUGGGAACCUGUUGCUGUAAGACCCAGGCCGAGACCGGUGCAGAUGACGACAUUAUCAUCGACCGCAGGGAGAUUGAGUUCAUCACUGGGACUAACCCAAUCUUUUCUCCCCUCCACCAGGUUACCGAUGAUGGACUCAACAGCUCGGCGCUCUCCAGCCUCACUGACAAAUAUGUCCUGGACACGCUGGCGGUCAUCAGGACACUGGUCGACAACGACCAGGACCCGCCGCCGUCCAUGCUGAAGCUACACUCCAUCGCCGACAAAGAGGCUGGGUGGCUGGUGGUGGUACGCUCCAUGGUGCAGGUCAUCCCCCUCUCCGAUCCCCUGGGGCCUGCCGUCAUCACCCUCCUCCUCGACGACUGCCCCCUCCCCAGCAAGGAAACGGUGGUCCAUCUGUGCAAGUUCUUCGACCUGAGCGGCGAGAGUGCGUCCGAGAGCUGGAAGAACCCUCAGCUUCACCGCAACAUCUGUGUGGUGCUGGGAUGCAUCGCCGAGAAGCUGGCCGGGCCCGCCUCCAUCGCCUUGCUCACUCACACCACCCUUGAGUACCUCAUCGCUCAUCUGAAUGAAGACAACCACCCCUGCGUUAUCCUCUUCGCCCUCAUCGCCUUGGAGAAGUUCGCCCAGACCAGCGAGAACAAGACCAGCAUCAGCAAGGCGCUCGGACACGGCCCCACCAACCCCCUCCGCACCCUGGAGACCUGGAUGCAACACAGCGACUUUGUGCACCGCCAAGUUGGGUUCUGUGCCCAGUGGUGCCUCGACAACCUGUUCAUAUGCGAGGGGCGUCCGUACUCCUACGAGAAUAUCGACACACAGCACCUCAACGCCAUGCUCAACAGUAAUGAUGUCAGCGAGUACCUCAAGAUAUCGCCCGACGGUCUGCAGGCCCGGUGUGACGCCUCCUCCUUCGAGAGCGUGAGGUGCACAUUCCAGGUGGACGAGGGUGUGUGGUACUACGAGGCGACCAUCAUCACGGCUGGGGUCAUGCAGAUAGGCUGGGCCACGAAGGACAGCAAGUUCCUUAACCAUGAAGGGUACGGCAUAGGUGACGAUGAGGUGUCCGUGGCAUACGAUGGGUGCCGGCAGCUAUUUUGGCACAGCGCUCAGAGCCAGAGUCACAUGCACCCCAGUUGGAAGCCCGGGGACAUCCUAGGCUCGCUGCUUGACCUCAACAACGCGCAGGUCAUCUUCUACCUCAACGGUGACCCCUUGCCGCCUCUCACGCAUGUCUUCAAUAACGCCAUGCGAGGGUUCUUUGCGGCCGCCAGCUUCAUGUCCUUCCAGCAGUGCGAGUUUAACUUCGGCCGCAAGCCCUUCCUGCACCCGCCCAAGGACGUCCCCUUCCAGAGCUUCAACGACCACGCGCAACUCAAGGACACUGAGAAGAUUAUCCUACCCCGACACAUCCGCCUUCAGAAGCUGCGAGCUAUGAGUGUGGAGGAGGGCGCCUGCACACUCUGCUUCGACGAGAGCGCCACUAUUGUUUUCCUGCCUUGCUCUCACAGAGGUUUCUGUGAGCGGUGUUCCCUGCAGCUGGAGAUCUGCCCGAUGUGCCGGCGCCGCAUCGACGAGCGGCAGAAGGUGGAGGAGAAGCUCAACGCCAAGGAGGAAGUCACAUGACCUUAGGUUGAGAAGCCACAGUACCAUCAUCAUCAGCAUCAACAGCAGUAACAACAAGAAGAAGAAAAACAAGAAAAACAAGUCAGGCGUGCGAGCUUGCGUUGAAGCACUCCCGAGGACUUUGUGUGUACGUGUGUGUGUGUGUGCGUGUGACCGUGUGCGUGUGUGUGUGUGUGUGUACAUACCGAGGAAAACUACCUUGAUGACCCGGUUUCACGGCAUAAUCAAACUCUGAAACGGAGACAAGGUAAGUGGGGGUCAGGUCAGGUGAGGUCAGGUUAGGUCGUUAUAAUCACUUUUCACCACUUUGUAUUGGAGCGAAUGGUUGGGGCAGCCUUCCGGGGCGGGGCGGGGGUAGGCAGGGGGCGGGUCUAGUGGUCUUUGCAUGUUACGUUUUCUUUUCUACGCUCGUUCUCUUCCUCACAAUCGCAGUGCGGCAGCCAGGCUAUCUCUUCCAUUCUCCCUCGCAGCUGGUGUAAAUAUGUAAAUAAAUAUAAAAAAAGGGAAUUGGAUUGAAGAGAAAAGACAGCUAUGUGCAUUUCUUUGUGUGUGUGUGUGUGUGUGUGUGUGUGUGUGUGUGUGUGUGUGUGUGUGUGUGUGUGAAGGCUGUCGCUCCAGGCUUAAUUACAGGGCUUGAAAACUUUACGUUCUUGCCUUUUUGUGGUUGAAGGAAAUUUGUUUUAGUCUCCGUUGUUGUAUAGAAACUUACACACACAUUUUACCUCCGCUUUCCUCCGUCCUUCUCUUCUUUUCCCUCCUCCUUUCCUCUCCUACUUCAUUAAAUGUCUUUCUCCUUUUUUUCUUUUCAUCAUUCAUUUAUGUAAUUCAUUAUUUCUUCAUUAUAUCUCUUUAAUUUAUCUGCUUUUUUUUAUUAGUGGAAAGGAGGCAGCUCAAAGGUUUACAAUUCUUUCAUUUUCAUCUUUUCGUAAAUUACUCUUCAUUUUUUCUUUCCGUAAUUCUUUCAUUUCCUUCGGUUCUUGCUUAAAAUGAUUUCCUUCCUUUCUCCCUCUUUUAUUUUAUUUCCUUUUUUCUAUUGUUAAGGAGGCAGCUGAUACACUUAAAUUCUCUCCUUCUCACCUUUUCAUAUCACUCAUUUCUUCUUUUCGACAAUCAAUUCUUUCGUCUACGGUUCCCCCUUAAAAUAACUCCCUUGCGUUCUCCCUCUUCUCCUUUACUUACCUUCAAUCUAGAGUUAGGAGACAGCUUUUAGAUAUUACCCCUUUCCUUCAUUUCCCUUAUUAAUUCCUUCCUGUUCAGUCACCGCUUAAAUCCUUCCAUUUUCCCCAAGUCUGCUGCGUCGCUUACUAGGGAAGGUUGCACACUGACGGUUCCUCUCGGCUUACUAUAUGCAUUCUUAAACCCGUGCUAUGAGUGAGAGGUGGACGGUCCUUCUUACGUUCGGUGGCGGAGAUGAAGAUUAGCCCACAUUUUGCCGUUAUGUUUUGUAUCCGUUUUUACGUUGCAUAGACGAUCCGUAUAAUAACCCCAAUAAUUAUAUGACGAUGUAGCUAUUUAGUGAUCUUUUUAUCCAUCCUCCUCUUUAUAUAUAUAUUUAGAUUUUAUAUCCCGAUAGUUUUAUAGUUAGUUUUAAGUUGCGAAUGCGUUACACUUCCUUACACUGAACUGGAAAGAAAUAUAUUGUGCUUAUGUUUGAGUCUUAUUUCUCGCGUUGUUCAGUUUCGAAAAGUUUCAUAAAUAGUGAAUUUCUUGGUCGUUUUGUAAUGAGUGUUGAUUUUGAGAGGUAUUUCAUGAUUGAUAUUAAUGAUUUUUUUAUGAGUCAGGUUUUUUGGUAUUAAUUUAAGAGGCAUAAGUAGCUGGGAAGAGAGAGAAUGCCCAGAGAAAGUUACAUUAUGACAUAGGAAAGAGUGAGAAAAAGUUGGUGUGUGAGAGAGAGAGAGAGAGAGAGAGAGAGAGAGAGAGCAGUAUUUACAUAUAUUUAUUAAUCUACUUCAGUGGCUUCAAAGUUCCCCAUAAUCAUAUCUAACAUACAUUUUCUUUAUUUUUCUAUUUAGUCGACUGGAUUUAUUUUAUACUAAUGCCAUUUUUGCCCCUACUAAGACACCUGCAGCAGUAAUUUCUUUUAACGUAACAUUUUUUUUAUUUUUCAUUUUGUCGGCUGGAUUUUUUUUAUGUCAACGCCAUUUUUGCCCCUACAAAGAUACCUGCAGUAAUCAUUUCUCCUAUCACAUUUUUUUUAGUUUUCAUUAUGUCGGCUGGAUUUUUUUUAUACUAACACCAUUUUCGCCCCUACUAAGAUAUCCGCUGUAAUAAUUUCUAACAUCACAUUUCUUUGUUUUUCAUUUUGUCGGGUGGAUUUUUUUUAUACUAACGCCAUUUUCGGCCCUAUUAAGAUACUUUUACGAUGUCAUUUUGUCCUGGAGGUAUUUUUAGUGACAAUUUCACCCCCCGACUGAGAUUUUUUAUUUGGUAUGUUUGCCCCUACUGAUGUUUCCUAGUUCUCUCACUACUCAAAACUGUGUGGUGUUAAUGUUACCAAUUGGAAUUCUAUAAUGUGAUAUGUAAGACAGUAAUAAGACUAACUGACUGACUAAUUGUUUUUUCCUAUUUUUCUUUGUCUUUCUUACUUGCUUUCAUUCUUUUUUUCCUUCCUUCCUUUCUUUUUCCUUUUUUUCCUUUUCUUAUUUUGUUUCCCUGUAUUUCUCUAUUUUAUUCUUUCUUUCCUUCUUCCUUUCUUUCUUUAUGUUUGUCUUUCUCUCUUUUGUUCUGUCUGUCUCUUGAAAUGUUAGUAGGGUCACAUUCAAUUCUUCUUUCAUUCCCUUAAAAACUCAUGAAAGAAAAAGAGAAAAAAAGUUUUGCUUGUUUUCCUUCUCAGUUUUGGUUGGAUGUGAUAUAUAUAUUUUUGAGGGCUGAGACAUGGCCAGAGCCUUGUGCAUGUGUGUGUGUGUGUGUGUGUGUGUGUGUGUGUGUGUGGACAGUAUAUACGUACCAGAAUCUUCCUUCCAAAUAUCGACCUAUGACAUGGCGUAGGGAAUUGAGAGAGGUCAUUCUUGUACAGAGGAAAGAGAGGAGAGAGAGGAACGUCACUAUACCACAAUCUUUACUUGGCAUUUUACUACCGAAGACACAGAAUACAUAUACAUACCCGAACAUUGUCAGUGAGAUAAUAGAUACAUACGCAUACUAGCAGGAGUGUGAUAUCUAUAUUGCACAUACAGGAGGUGAGGAAUGAACUUGGAGUAUUGCCGAGGAAGGGAAAGCAGGAGAACAUUUUGCUAUUUGAGAGAGAGAGAGAAAAAGAGAGAGAGAGAGUGAAGAAAGGGAUACACAUUGCUAUUUGAGAGAGAGAGAGAAAGAAAGAAAGGGAAUGCAGGAAAACACUUGCUACUUUUUGAGAGAGAGAGAAAAAAGAGAGAGAGAGAGAGAGUGAAGACAGGAAACCACAUUGCUAUUUGAGAGAGAGAGAGAGAAUGAAGACAGGAAAACAUUGCUAUUUGGCUAUUUGAGAGAGAGGAAGAGUGAAAGAAAGAGAAAGAAAGAAAGGGAACAGAGGAAACCACAUUGCUAUUUGAUGUGUGAAAGAAAAAAAGAGAAAGAAAGAAAAAGAGAAAAAAUCAACAUGUCGCUAUUUGGUAAGAGUUCCGUCGCGCUUGGUUUGUUUGAUAUACUUAAAACUGUUUGUCAGGGGUAUGUAAUGUGUUCGUGUAAAAGACAGUAUCGUUCAAGCCUCCCCCCUCCCCUUCCUCCUCUCCCCAGGGCUAUUAUACGUUCGGUUGAGGAAGAAAUUGAAGUUCCGAGGAGAGAAGUUUAUGUGUAACUUGGUGAACUUAAAAAUUAUAAUCAUGAAUAUUAACUUUUCACCUCGUCUCUUCUUCUAUUCAUUUAUUGUCCUUGUUUGUUCGGUCGAGGAAUUAAAUUGUAGUCUGUUGGUGGUGGCUGUGAGGCUUAACCCGGUAGCUGCAGGGAUCAUGUUUCUUAAAGGCCCAUCUAAGUGAGGAAAUGAGAAAAAAUCAUCACUCACACAAACCAUUUCAUAAUAUAUAUCAACGCAUUUGUGAUCAGUUUAUGCAUCAUCUAUUUUGGGGAUUUAUACCAUGGCAAAAAUUUGGCCCGUCGCUGCUACGCGGUAAAGCCACAAAUUUGGCCCAUCACUGCUACCGGGUUAAACUGUCUCAGGGUGAAGAUAAAACUUGAUCUUGUUAACGUAAUUUGUAAAGGAGAAGGAGGAGGAGGAGGAGGAGGUUGUGAGAGAAAGGAAAUUAAUAUGGUAUUGACGAUGAGAGACUGAGUCUGUUGGUGGUGGCAGUGAUGCUUAAACUGUCUCAGGGCAAAGAUAAAACUUGAUAUUGUUAAGUUAAUUUGUAGAGGGGAAGGAGGAGGAGGAGGAUGUAAGAGAAAGGAAAUUACAGGUAACUCGAUUUACACGAGUAUUGUGUCCUUGAAGAGGUCGCGUAAAUCAAAAACAAUGUAAAUCAAACAAGAGGGAGGUUUCUAUUAAAAAAUAAAUAUACACUUCAUUCAGUGGAGAGAGAGAGAGAGAGAAAAUAUCCAAUCACUGAGAUAUCCACUCAGGCACUCAGCCUCACUCGUGUGAGGAAGAAAUGCUGGACACAAUGAGCGACUGGCUAGUAUUGGUACCGGUACCGAGCAGUCUGAUACCGGUACCGUACCGUAUAGCUGGUACCAUUAGUACCGGUACUGGUACUGGUACCUGCCCACCCCUAUUGUUGAGUAGCGUGGCAGUAUGGGUACUGUAUUGUUUUUCAUGUGGCGCGCGGGAAGAACUGAGCUCAGCUGUGUGGCCGUGGCGCCGUGUGAGUCCAGUUGAGUGAGACAUCUGGUGGCCACUCCAUAAAAUAUCGCGUAUAAGUGAAAAAAUGUGUAAAUUAAACAUUUAUUUUGAUUUUGGACCCCGUGUUAUUUAAAAAAUGCAUAAACCAAACUCGCGUAAAUCAAGAGUUACCUGUAUUAUGGUAUUGAUGAUGAGAGGCUGAGUCUGUUGGUGGUGGCAGUGACGCUUAAUCUGUCUCAGGGCGAAGAUAAAACUUGAUCUUGUUAUCGUAAUUUGUAAAGGCGAAGGAGGAGGAGGAGGAGAACGAGAUAUCAGGAAGGAAAUAAGUGUGCUAUUGUGUUUAUUUAAGUGAGGGUUGAACUGCUCAUGAAGUGGCUAUAGAAACUUACUUAAUUGGUCUGUCAUUGCUUAGGCUUUGUACUGAGUCAUUUAUCUACUUUCUUUUACAUUCUUCCUCUCUUUCAUUCUGUCUUUUCUGUAUCUUCCUUCUCUUCCUCUUCCUCUUCGUUCUCCUCCUUUCCUCUUCUCCUUUUCUUCUUCUGCAGGUGGUUAAUAAUUGUUUCCUCCUUUCCUUCCCUUUCCUUAGAUUCCUCCUCCUCCUCCUCCUCCUCCUUCUUCCUUACUUACAUACUUACUUAGUCUGUUAACGUUUAGGCUUUGUGCGAACGACUUAUUUACAUCCCCUUCCGUCGCCUCCCUGUGUUGUGUCGAGCGGAAUGGCCGUGUGUGUUCCGAGAGUGUUGACGGCAAUCAGUAUUUUUAUUUGUGUGGUUAUUAUUGUAUUUUAUUACUGCGUCUAGGGUUAUCGGAGGAGUUGUCGGAAGUGGUUUUAUUUUUUCAUUGUUUAUUUAUUUUAUUUUUUAUUUUUUUUACAGCAAAGGGAGCAGGUGUGUGUUGCUACCGUGUGUUGUGUGUGGAGUGAUUUUCCGACGCUGGAAGUUGAUGUUAAUUCGUUUUUGUCCUGCUUUCGUUGUUUUCUUUCUUUUUUCUGUGUUUUUCUUUGUUUCAUUCCUUUCUUUUUUUUUCCUUCUUUUUUUAAUUUUUCCUUCUUUCCUUUUUUCUCGUUCUGUCUUUCUUUCCUUUUCCAUUCUUUUUCUCUUCCUCUCUUUCUGUCUCUCUUCCAUAUCUUCCAUGUUUUCUUCACCACCUCCUUCUUCUUCUCUUUCUCCUCCUCUUCUUCAUUCUCUUCCUUCCCUCUUUUCCUUCUCAUCAUGUGCAGGAGAUUAAUCAUUCCUUCUUUCUUCCUUCCUUCCUUCCUUCCUUCCUUCCUUCCUUCCUUCCCUCCCUCCCCCCUCCCUCCCUUCCUUCCUUUUCUUCCAUCCUUCCUUCCUUCCUUCCUUCCUUUACAAGCAUCAAUCAAUCUCACAGUUUUUACAUAUACAUAGACGUGAGAGAAAAGAAUAUAUCCUGGUAUAAUCACUUCCAGCACUUUUUUGUACAUCUCUCUUCUGUUAAUCAGCAAAUAGUAUACACACAGAUUAUUAUUAUUAUUAUUAUUACUAUCAUUAUUAUUGUCGCAUUAUGUAUCGGCGAGAAUUGUCGAAGCUCAGUUAAAAUGCGAGAAAGAGUGGAUUGUAAAGGAGAGGUAAGGAGGAGGAGUAGGAGAAAAAGACGAGAAGUGGAUUGUAAUGGAGAGAGAAGGAGGAGGAAGAGGAGGAGUAGGAGAAGGAGUAGGAGGCUAAGGAAAGGAUGGGAGUUUAGGAGUAUCAUUCUUAAAACCAGCGCUGGGACAAUCAAAUGUAGAGAGAGGAGACGUGAAGAGACAGUAGGGUAGAACUAGACAUCGCUAGGGCUGGGAACAAGGCAGAGAACAGUUAUUAGACAGUUCCUUCUUCUCAUUAUUGUUAUUAAGAGAUGAAUCAGAUGGAGAGCAAGGGUUCGGGACACUGUAACCCACCUGUUCAGAAGCCCCCAAACACCUGAGAUGCUGAGAAUGAGAAAAUGAAAGUGAAAAAUGAAAGUGAAAUGAGAGAAAUAGGAAGAAGACAAGGUGAUAUAGAAGACAGUUGGAAGUGGAGGGACAGAGAAGACAGGACAGGAAUGAGACAGAGAUUAGGCAGAAGACAGGACAGAAUAUUUUGACGGAGAACCGGGACUUGACAGAGAAGACAGGAUAGGAGUGAGGCAAAGAGAUUAGACAGAAUAUUUUGACAUAAAACCAAGACUUGUAAGGAGGAAAAAGUGAAGACAGUUAGAAGUGGAGGGACAGAGAAGACACGACAGGAAUGAGACAAGGAGAUUAGACAGAAUAUUUUGACAGAGAACCAAAACUUGUAAGGAGGAAAGAUGAGAACACGGACGGACAGAGAAGACAGGACAGGAAUGAGACAAGGAGAUUAGACAGAAUAUUUUGACAGAGAACCAAAACUUGUAAGGAGGAAAGAUGAGAAGACAGUAGAAGUAGACGGACAGAGAAGACAGGACAGGAAUGAGACAAGGAGAUUAAACAAGACAAGAGGACAGAAUAUUACAACAGAACCAGGACUUGUGAGGAGGAAAAAGUGAAGACAGUAGAAGUGGAGGGACAGAGAAGACAGGACAGGAAUGAGACAAGGAGAUUAAACAAGACAAGAGGACAUAAUAUUACAACAGAACCAGGACUUGUAAUUAUAAAA